AUGCAGAUCUGCAAGAAGUUCAGAGAUGGUGGCAUUGUCUGCCCACUUCCAGUGGAGUUCAUCAUACAAUGCAUUUUAAUGAGGUCGUAUGGCCUCCGUUACACAGCAAAAAAAGGGAAGAAAACUUACCACACAGAGUUGUCUGAGUUUGAACCUGAAUCCGAGCCUGAACUGAACACUGUUGAGGUGCAGGAGAAUGAUAAACCAGGGACCGAUUCCAAUGAAGAGAUAGAGCCCAGGGCUACCACUGCAAGAGGCAGAACUAAGGCUAAGUCCAAGAGGACACUGAAAAAAGCUCAAACCACAGAAAAGAACACCUUCUUCAUUGGUUUUGAGAAAUACAUCCAGAGGAAGUGGAGGAAGUACAUUGGUAACCCUGCUGGUUACAAAGAGUAUAUCCGGCUCUUGAAGGAUCGUGACAAUAGACUCUUCGACCCAAGCUUCAAGAUCACCUCAAGGAAUACUAGUCUCUCAAACAAUGCUAGCACUAGUCUCACAAUAAACUCGUUGGAUGCAUUGGCAAACUAUCUUGAUGGCCUCAACUGA